UUAGUUUGGUCGUGAACGCCAACGGAGUCAGUCUGGUUGCUCCACUGCUGCUCCACUGGUUGAGUAGAGAAACAGCCAAAAGGCCACCCCGUGGAAGUGUGGAAGCCAGAAAGCCGAACAACACAAGACGUGUGCGAACCUGCUCCAUCUUCCAACAGAGAGUCGACGGAGACUUGGGAUGAUGAUGAGCAGUGUGAGUGUGCCUCUGUGAGUGUGUGAAUUAGUUGUCGGGGAAUUUUAGUUCGAAGGAAGAACCAAUAGAUCGGAUUAUCAGUGUUCAAGCUAAUUAAAAAAAAUUAAAGGAAGCAAUCGAAAAAAAAAAAUAAUUAAAAUAAAAUUAGCAAAAAUCAACUGCUGGUGUGAUUAAGGAAAAAUUCACUUACAGUGUGUGUGAUUUGACGAAAAGUAAAAAACAACAAGUGUCUCCAAGCAAAGUGUGAAGAAUAGCAAAUCUCCUGACUGAGUUCAGAUUCUUUCGGUUUUUGAAUUGGUGCUGCUGCUGCCGAGUGUGUCUGAAUUGGAUCCAAAGAGGAGGCAACGAAUCCGGUAACGGGAAUUUGGCUGCGUGUGAUUAAUAGGCUAUAAGGAACCAGUCGAAUCGGUCCGGCCAUGAUCGACAGGAGUUCGAGCCUUCGAGGGCUCGAGCCAACAACGACGCCGACGAUGGCGGUCAACUUGCUGAUGAUGGUCACACUGGCAGCCCUGCUGCCCCCGACGCUGGUGCAAGCUGCACCGAUGUACGAGAGCGAUCAGACUGAUAUGGAAACGUACGGCGAAUCGUCGGGAUGUUACUACAACUACAAUCACUACGCCGAAGGCGAUCGCAUUAUGACCAAUGAGCCCUGCCUGAAUUGUACUUGCCACGAUCGCAUGCUGAUGUGUUACCUGCGAGUGUGUCCCUUCACCAAGGCCAUCGGUCAGGACUGCACCAUUGAGAAGCGAGAGGACCAGUGCUGCCCGGUCAUCACCUGCCCAGAGGUUGAGGUUCAGCUUGUGGACCAUCAAACCGGAACGGAUGCCCCCUCGACGGCCGUCGGUGCCCCCGAUCAGUACGGUUGUACCAUUGAAGACCAGUUCUAUCCGGAAGGAUCACGAGUGCCAUCUAACCCACACAAACCAUGUGAGCUGUGCUACUGUAUUCGCAACAUGACCACUUGUGUUAUGCAAGAAUGUACGCUACACAUCGACGGUUGCCAACCGAUCUACAACAAGGGUGUCUGCUGUCCUGUACGAUACGAUUGCGAUCACGAACGAGAUUCGACGCUGAUGCUGGAAGACGAAAUGACGACUACGGUGCGUCCAACGCCAGGUUUUGUGCUAACGACCAUGUCUUCGACUUCGACCGAUUGCGUCCACAACGGAGAGGUAUUUGCCGAUGGUGCCAUGAUUGUCACCGACAAGCCCUGUGAACAUUGCUACUGCAUGCGAGGCGAUAUCGUUUGUGCUGUCCAAGAAUGCGGAACACCACUGGAGAACGAAGGCAAGAACUGUACCGCCAUUCCACCGGCCGCCGGCCAGUGCUGCCCGGAAACGUACAUGUGCGAUGAUUCCGCUCCUUCAGCUACUGAUCUGCCGGAAUCCGACGACCAAAUUUCCAGUGACGCGGCUACCACGUCCAAGGCAGCCCCAGAAGAAGUUCCUUCGACACAGGCACCAAGCAGCGACGAGGAAGACGUUCAGAAGCAACAGGCUCCAUCUACCCCUGCUCCAAUCAGCGAUGAAGAAGAUGUUCAACAGCAACACUUGCCACACGAAGAAACCAUGGUUGACGACAAGUCAGAAAUCGAAGACUCCGACAGCGUUGAACAUGAGCCAAUCCAUGACGAUUCCCAGAGCGAGGAAGAUAUUGCCGAACCAGAAGCCCCAAGUCAACCAGCCGGCACUACUGCUGCUGCUCUAAGCGAAGCUGAUGAACCUGCUGCAGCUACCGAUAAGGCUCCAGUUCAAGACGACAAGACCGAUAGCGCAACGACAUCUGCUCCUGCUUCCGAUGACGAUAAAGAAGACGACCAAUCUGCUCCUGUGGAAGACAACAAAGCUCAAGACUCAGCAACGACUCCAGCUGCCGAUGAAGACAAACCAGAAGAACCAACUAAAGUCACCACUCCACCAGCUGCCGUUGCCGAUGACGAUACCGUCCCUGAAUCGGACAAGGAAAAUGAAAUCGAUGAACCAGUUGACAUCGACAAUCGUGGUUCCGAAGAUUCUGCCACUACAGAACCUCCAGCUGAACCGUCCAAAGACCUUCUUGCUCCAACAGUUUCGCCUUCGGAUGAAGCUGCCACCCAACAAUACACCACUCUUCGACCACAAGCUGAUAGCGAAGCCGAUGCUUCGGAAGGCACCACACCAUUCCCCUUCAGCGCUAGCGAUGAAGAUGUCGGUCAAACCACUGAAAGCCGAACCUACUUGCCACCACUUACCGACGUUGAAACCACCACUGCCCAACACGCCGCCGCCGAGCUUGAUGAACCAGCUACUACGGCUGCUCCUGCUGCUGCACCUUCUGCGGAUGACGAAAUUUCCGACAAAACCGACAGCCCUGCCCCAGUAGAAUCCGACCAACCGGAAGCUCCGGCUACCACAGUCAAGGCCAUCGAGUCUACCACCUACACCAAAGAGCCAGCGCACAAAUUCGAAGACACGCCACAGGAACAAGACAUGGUUGAACUACCUCCUGGCACCGUAGUCACCGAACUGCCACCAGUGCCAUCCAGCGAAAUGCCAACUACUGCACGCGUUCCGGAAAUGCCACAAGAAGAACAGCAGACACACUACCCACUGGAAGCCGAUUCUCAUGUCCUAGAUGACGCCAUGACGUCGUCUACCGCAUCACCCGCAGCUGAAGAAGCAGAAAAGGAGAAGGACGUCACACCAGCACCAGUCGAUAUGGACGAACCUGUUGAAAUGAACACUGUUAUUCCACUCGAUGAUGAUAACGAGAAACCAGCCGAACCCGCUGCUCCAAAACCAUCCGAUGACGAAACUGCCGAGCCAAUGUUCCCUGAAGCUAUUCCCGGAGAAGGAGACUGUCUUGUCGACGGAGUCCAUUACAAGAACAACGACGACAUUCCCGCCAACAACAAAUGCCAGGAGUCGUGCAAGUGUUCCAAUAGCGUUGUCCAAUGUGAAAUGGUUCGAUGUGCGACGGCACCAGCCAAGGACUGUGCGCCGAUUCCACCGGCCCCUGGCAGCUGCUGUCCAACCUACAAAUGCAACGCCGUUGAAGAACCUAGCAGCGAAGAGUCGGAAAGCGAAGAAGACUCCAAGCCUGUUGAAGAUGCCAAAGAACCUGCCACUACCUCUACCGAAAGUGUUUCCGCGAGCGCUGACGACGACGGAGAAGACUCCAAUGAAGAUGAUACGCAAUUCAAACCAACCGAAAGCGAUUCUGUUUCGGAGGAGAGCGAUGAGAAUGAAUUGUCAAACAGAGUGGAAGAUCACACCGAUAAACAACCUGCUAUCACUACUCCGGGAAAAACAGACGAAGAAAGUGAAUCGACAAGCACCUCGGAAGAAUCUGAUGAAAAACCAGUUGCAACGGAGUCGGAUGAAGCUGCCAAAUCGUCCACUUCAGCUCCAGUUGCUGCCGAUGACACUACAACUGCAGCCAGUCCAGCUGAUGCCGCUGAAGAAGACAAGGAUAGCGAACAGGAGAAAGAAACUCCCCGACCAAGUGAAGACGAAGCUGAACAGCAAGAAAAACUGCCUGUGGAACCAGUUGAGGCUGAAGAAGAUGAUGUUCCAGCUGCUGGAACAACUGCUGCUCCUUCUGCUGACGAAGAAUCUAGUCCAGCACCUGCCGAAGAAACAGAGAAGGACACCGCCGAGUCCGAUAAACCAUCUGACGAAGAAGAUGACGAAAAGCCAGCACUUACUGAUGUAACCGAGAAGUCUGAUGAAAAGGAUGAAGUUACCACCGGUAAGCCGUUGCAGGAAGAACCAGCACAAAAUGAAGUGGAACCAUCGUCGGCGGAACAAGAUGAAGAAGAACAGGUUUCUGCUACAACUACCAAGACCAAGGAACCACUUGAUGACGAUGAAACUCCUGGUGCCGCUACAACAAUCAGAUCGGCACCAGCGGAAGAUGAAGCUACGGAAAAACCUUCUGAGACAUUCGAUGACGUUCAAGCAACUACCGCGAAAAUUGACAGCUCAGCUGCCAUCACCGAAUCUCAGGUUCCAGCUGAACAGGACGAGAAUGACGAGAAACCGGCUGAUGAAAAGGAUAAUACACCAUCUGAAGAAGCGACAACAACUGUUAAACCAUUAGACGAAGACGUUCGAUUCCCCGUUGCAGAUGCCGAGAAAGAGGCAGAAGAAAAACCAGUUGACGAUAGCAUUCACUUCCCAACUGAUAAUACACCAUCUGAAGAAGCGACAACUGUUAAGCCAUUAGAUGAAGACGUUCGAUUCCCCGUUGCAGACGCCGAGAAAGAGGCAGAAGAAAAACCAGUUGACGAUAGCAUUCACUUCCCAACUGAUGACGAAGAGGAGCAACCAAUUUACAAGCCCGCCAUUGUUGAGCAGAAACCAGAAGACAAACCAGCAUCGCAGGACGAUCAGGAACCUGAAGAAAUGGUUGCGAUCACUCAGGCCCCACAAGACAUCAGUGCCGACAAUGUUGAAAAGGACGAUGCAGAAGCUAAACCAGUUGAACCAAGUGAUGAUGAUAAACCAGCCACUCAAUUUCCUGAAAAGGCUCCUGAGCCCACUACCAAUACUCCAGUGGCUGCUGAUUCUGCUGCCACCACUCAAACACCUGCAGCUGAAGAACCCGAAAAGGAAGACGAUCGAGAUCAAAUCGCGGAAUCUCAACCAACAAUUGCUCCAAGCAGUGACGAUUCUGCUCCAGAAAUGCCACCAGAGGAAGUUCGUCCACAAAUGCCACUGGAAUCGGACGACCAAAUCAAGGAACACGAUGAAUCAUCUGCAACAACUGUUAAGGCUCCUGCCGCUGCUGCUGAUGCCGAUGAGGCUGACAAGGAAGACAAACCGGAACCUCAAUCGCCUGCCGAGGAUGAUGAUGAAAACGUGAGUUCGGAAGAAGAUGUUUCAUCAGCCCACGAUACAGCCGAUGACGAGAGCAGUGAAGAGGCCGAUGUACAUGAAAUACCGGCACCAACGUCAGAGGAAGACGAAUCGUCGGAAGAAGAGCAGACACCAGGCAAAGCAACUGAAAAACCAGAGGAACCUAAGCCAGUAGAAAAGGAUGAAACCGAAGUGAAGAAACCAAGCGCUGAAAUGAAACCAGUUGAAAAGGAUGAAAGCGAAACGACAACAGCCGCAGCUCCAGUAUCCGACGACGAACAGAAACCGAUUGAUGAAAAGGACGAGGAAGCACUAUCAAAUACCGCCGCUGAAGACGUUGAAGAUAAACCAAUUGACGAUAAAAAACCAGAAACUGAAGAAGACCAACAAACAUCAGCGCCUGCAACAGAAUCUGCUCCAGCCUCUGAAAAUGAACAAGAGCCAGCUAAGGAAGUAACGUCAGCUCCUGCUUCGGAUUCCAAGGAAGAACCAGAAAAGUUCGAUGAUGAAGAAGUUUCAGCACCUACAACGGCUGCCCCAGUUCCUGAUGAGAAAAUGAAGCCAGUCGAUGAGCUGCCACCACGAGUCGAUGACGAAGAACAAGAUUCAGUUACAACAGGUGCCGCACCAGUUGCAUCAGAUGAUCAGAAGCCAGCCGAAGAAGAAGAAAAACCAGAAGUUGGAGCUGACGAACAAACUCCAGCCACGACUGCACCGAUCGCUGACGAAGAGGAAAAACCGAUGAUUGAUGAAAAGGCACCAGAAAUGGACGAAAACGAACAAGCAGCAAUCACAACAUCGAAAACUCCGUCGGCUGAUGAUGAUGAUGUUAAGGAAACAGAAACCGAGCAAGAUUCAGUCGAAGAAUCUGAAGCGGAAUCACCUGCUUUGACUACUGCUGCUGCUCCUGCCGCAUCUAGUGAUGAAAAACAGGAAGAGGGAGAUGAAGACGAACAUCCAUCCGUAACUGCUGGUCCAGCUUCCGAUGACACCAAGCCGGAAUCCGAAAAUGAUGAACAAGAAUCAGCUACAACAGUCCCUGACGCUGCGGAUGAUGACACGGAACAAGCAGCUGAAGAAGAAGGCAAAAAACCGGCAACUGCUGCGCCAGCUGAAUCUGAUGAACAGGAAUCCACUGAAGAGAAGGAUGCCACAACAGUUGCUCCUGCCAAGGUACAGGAUGAAACCGAAUCAGAAAAACUCGAAUCUGACAAACCGGAAUCAGACAAACCUGAAUCGGAUGAAACUGAAACAGAAAAGCCAGAAUCAGACAAACCUGAAUCAGACAAACCUGAGUCCGAAAAACCCGAAUCAGACAAACCUGAAUCGGCUGAAACUGAAACAGAACAGCCAGAAUCAGACAAACCUGAAUCAGACAAGCCAGAGUCCGAAAAACCUGAAUCAGAUAAAUCUGAAUCGGAUAAACCAGAAUCAGAAAAGCCUGAGUCCGUUGAACCAGCAACUGAUAAACCAGAAUCGGACAAACCAGAAGAAGAAUUGGAAGACGCUGUUAAGGCAACUACCACGGCACCAGUCAAGGAACAGGAAUCCGACGAACCACAGAAGCCUGAAGAAGAUGAACCAUCUGACCACGACAAGACAGAAUCGGCAACGGAGCCAGCUUCUCAAGCUCAGGACGACUUCGAUAGAGAGGAAGAACAAGAGAAACCUAUUGAUGCGGUAGAACAAGACAAACCAGCAGCCGUUACUGAUGCGCCAACUAAGGAUGAUGCCGAUGAUGAGGUAGAAUCUUCAACGCCAACUGCUGCCAGCGAUGACGAACAGCCAAAACCAGAGGCUCCAGUCAAGGUUGACGAUGAUGCUGAACAAGCUAAACCUACUGAACCAUCUGCUGAUGACUCGGAUGAGACAACCGUGAAGGCUGACGAACCAGAGAAACCAUCACAGGUCGAAGAAGAUGAGAAACAGUCCACUACUGAAUCGGCUGUCGAUAGCGAACCUUCGACGAGUGCCCCAGCAGCUGACGAAGAAAAGAAACCAGCAGCUACUGAAGAAGACAAAACCGAUGAACCGUCUGCGGAAUCCGAUGAAGUUAAGCCAACGGAUGCUCCAGUUCAGAGUGACGAUGAUGAAGAAGAAAAACCAUCCGUAGAUGAAGCACCGGUGCGUGUUGGUGAUGACAAGGAACCCGAAGCAGAAGAACCGACGACGGAAGCCGCUGCCAGUCAACCAGCUCAGGAUGAAAAAGAAACCGAUGAAGAGAAGGUAACCGUGGAUGCAGUUGAGAAGGACGACGAGAACGCAACGGUCGCAGAAGAAAUGGAUCAGAAACCAACUACCGCCGCUCCAGUUCCAGCGAAGGACGAUGAAUCGAAGGAGGAUGAGAAGGAAUCGGACGAAAGCGAACAACCAACUGAAGCUGAUCAGCAACAGCCAACAACGGGAGCUCCAUCGAGCGAAGCCGAUGAAAAACAACCGCCAAUGCCGAUUGAAUCAAGCGAUGAGGUAGAAAAGCCUGCUCCAGAAGCUGACGAUCAAAUUAAACCGGAUGAGGAAGAAGAUAAGGCAACGACUGAUAUUCCAGUCCGAUUGGGAGAUGAUGAAAAGAAACCAUCGGAACCGUCAACCGAAUCGGUACCAGCUGUUGAAGACGAGGAGAAGCCUGAAAAGGAAGCCGAGCCAGAAGAACCAUCGCCAAUCGAAACUGAAAAGGAUUCAGCUGAAAAAGACGAACUGCCAGUCGAUCGCGAUGAAGUGCAAACUCAGGCCCCGGUGCUAAAGGAUGAAGAUGAACAGGAGCCAGAGCAGACUUCAACCCCAACUUCUGCUGUUGCUGCUGAUGAUGACGAGAAGCCACAACCUUCGAAACCGGUGGAAGACGAACAGGAAAUGCCGACCAAGUCUGAUGACGAAAAGGCUACAGAUGAACAGACUUCAGCUCCAGUAAGUGAUGACGAGCAAGAACAAGACAAGCCUGUUGAUGCGUCAGCUCCGGCUAAGGACGAUGAACCGGUUACGAUAGCCGCUGCCGAACCAGCUAAGGACGACGAUAAGAUGGAUGAAGAAAAGGAAGCAGACAAACCGGAGACUGUUGAUACCCCAGCUCAGGAAGACACCGAGGAGCACGAUGAAGAAGUAGCUAGCACUCCAGUCGAAUCGGAAGAAGACGAUGAAGAUUCGAGUGAGAAGGAUGCUCCGGCAGUUACUGAAAAGGAUACGGAUGCCGCUGAUGAAAAACCAGCAACUACUGUGCCAUCCGUGAAAGACGAAGCUGAUAAGCAGGAUGCCGAUGAAACUUCCACGGAAUCGGAUAAGUCGUCGGAUGAUGCUUCUACGACCGUUAAGGCUGAGGUGACGGCUGGACCGACCGAAGCUGCCAAGGACGAAGCGGAACCCGCAACGACAAGUGCACCGGUUAAGGAUGAACAAGAACAAGUCAAGGAUAAGGAUAGUACGACGGUGUCACCAGCGGAGGAAUCAGAGCAAGACAAGACUCCAGCUCCGGUUGCGGAUGACAGUGAGAAGGAAGCUGAUAAACCAGAAACACCAGUGGACUCUGUUGUGGACGACGCUGAGAAGGAAACAGACAAACCUGAAACUCAGGAAGCUGAGGAAGCCGAUAAACCGGAAUCGCCAGUAACCGACAGUGAAAAGGAGACUGGCGCACCAGUUGUGCCAGCUGAUGUUGAAAAGGAAACCGCCAAACCACAAUUACAGGAAGACGAUGAACAGGAAACGGAAAAACCAGCUGCACCAGUCUCCGAUGAUAAGGAAUCUGACAAGCCGGUAGCAACGCCUGAGGAAGACGAAAAGGAAACUGAGAAGCCAGUUCCAGUGCCAGUAGCUGACAGUGAGAAUGAAAGUGACUCACCUUCGCAAGAAAGUGAAGAGGGUAAGCCAGCAGAUGAUGAAGUUCAGAAGCCAGUCCCAGUUGAUGCUGAGAAGGAACAAGAAAAGGAACCAGCAGCGCCGGCUUCGGACGAUGUUGUGAAACCAGCGGAAGAGAAACCAGCAGAUUCAGUUGAAGACGAUGUUCAGAGCUCUAAACCAGUGUUCGGUGAUGAGCAAAAGCCAGUCUCGGUUGAUGAAGACGAUGAGGACGAUCUGCAACAGCAAACGAAACCAGUAUUUGACAACGACCAAGACAGUCAGAAGCCUGUGGAACCAAGCGAAGAUGAAGGAACGACGAAGAAACCAGAGGCCGAAACUCCAGGACCUUCGUACGGACCACCUGGUCAACACUACGAUCCAGGUUACGGCCAUAUGCCACCGCACUAUCCACCAUCGUCUUACGAGGAGGAUUACGCCGAUGAGGAAGACCCAGCUUCGUUCGGUCCGGGAACUUGCCGGUACGGUGGUAAACUGUACGUCUCCGCUCAGCAGAUCCCACGGGAAGAUCCGUGCGAUUUCUGCUUCUGCUUCCGAAGUGAUAUCAUCUGUCUGCAGCAAUCGUGUCCGCCACCGAUCAGCGGUUGCCACGAGGAACCAAUCAGCGGGUUCUGCUGUCCACGGUACGAAUGCCCCGUGUCGAUGGCUACGGUGCUCAACGUCACGACAAGCACGACCACUACGACCACCACCCUGCCUCCGCACUUCCUGUCACACGCCUACAAGGGUUCGGUGACGAAGCGCGGCUGCCAGAUCCAGGGCAAGGCCUACAACGUCGGAGAGAUGGUGGCGUCGGCUAGCGGACCAUGCAUGCGAUGCACAUGCGGUGGUGACGGCCAGAUGAAGUGCGAACCGAAAGCUUGCACACCGGAACCAAUGCUGCAGCAGAUGAUUGCGGUAGCGGCGUCUCGAAGGAGAUGAAGUGACAACCAGAACGAAGACAUAAGUGCGCACGCGGAUAAUAAAUAAAUCGUGAGAGAUUGAGAGAGAGCGCGAGCGGUUGCGAAAGUGUGCGAGCGAAUACAAGUUAUUAAGAAGGUGUAAUCUCUCGAGCUAGAUUUUUCUCUGAAGAUGGAAAUCAAACAAGACAUAACAUAGGAGAGAACAAUGUAUGAUAAGAAGAUAAUCGGAAAUCGAAGGAGAUGGUGGAAGGGUUGCGUUAAGUGCAGCUCAACAACGCACCAUCUCUUGGCAAGUAGCGAACGGGAUGGAACAGAAGAAUAACAUCACAAACACGGAACAAAGUAGCUCAUUUUAAAAGACUUGAAACCACAACCUAUACAUACACACACACGCACACAUCAACAAUUAAAAAACCGUUAUACAACAAUACCUAAACACACAUAAACAAAUCCCCGCUACUGACAAUAGCAAACAGAUCAGUGUAGCCAAGAUGACGAUUUCUAGAGUGAAAUUUAUACUAAAUUAGUUCCACCAGUAGGCGGCCACUGAUUUUGACAUUGGGGCGUGGCCUGCUUAGGUGGAAACGACAACUUGUGAAUGUAAACUAAAAAUCUUUGGACGUUAACUUAUAUCAAUCAUUCUUGUGCGGAUACAGAUUGAAUCACAAAAACAACAAAAAAUCCCUAGGUAAAUCGUUCGAAAUGGUCGUCGUGUCUCAUACAAGUACUUCUAGUCUCUCUGUUUUACAUUUUAAUAGAAGAAAAUGGAAAUGAACGUGUAACUAACACUCACACAACACACACACACACAAACUUUUACACAAGAAGACACCCGAAAAAGACACAUACACACACGAAUGCAGACUUCAAUCGCCGAAAUCUUGUCUUUAUUUAGUUGUUUUUAUUAUCAAAGCGAUUUAAUGCAAGCCAACUUGAAACUUUGUAUCUAAAUUGACUCAUACGUGACCAACGCACACACACACUAUUUAACUAGCACUCAUACAGGCAAACACAAACAAAACAUCGAAAAUAACGAAUAACUAACAACCCUCAGAGCGAUCUUGUAAGUGUAAAAAAGAAAAUCUAGCCACCACCAGUCCUUCAAGCCACCCCAAGCCUCAUUCUUCCAAACGUGAAUGUUAAUUUUUAUAUUUGAAUACGCAUUUCCGUUUUUUACGUGUUAACUUUAUUAAUUUUUGAUGUAGAAUUGUGUAGUAUUCGAACGUUACGCGCAUCGCUCGAGAAAGAUAACGAAAAAAAAGAAAGCUCGCUCCUCGUGAUCCCACUAACUAGAAAAAAAACCCCGAACCGGAAAGAGAUUCAAUAAUCAAUACGAAGAAAAAGUUCGAAAGUCGAUGCACAAACGCUUAAACGAACAACAAACGACGCGGAAGAAGAGUCACAACGUCCUACUGAUGGGGUAACAAUUUGUCGACAAACAAUGAAUUCGGGGAAGCUAUCGCAUUUUUGGCAUCACUUCCUCCUAGAUCAUUACCGAUUGGCAGUGUUACAAGUAUCAGUUUUUUUUUACUUUUUGAGGAGAUAACCGAUUAACAACACACCUUCACAAAUCAAUAUUUACUAACAAUGAUUAAACAAAGCGGGAAUAGGAUUUGUGAUACAUAUUUAACUUUCAAAAUACAUUCCGAUGUGAAAUUUUGCACCACAGAAAAGACUACAAUGAUCAAAGCUUCGUCCGCCAUGAUAUUGCUCGACUGUUAAAGGGAAAAAACAAACGUUAACGCUUGAGCUGGUGGAUCAAAGCAUCCAUGGAAAAAAUAGCAAAAAAAAAGAGAUUUACAUUACCUUUUUCCGACUCUCUGGUCGUCUCUCUCCCAUUUUUUUUAUCUUUUUCGUGACCUCCUCCUUUACACACUGCGUAUGAGUUACUCACUAAGUGUUCGAAUAGGCGUGGUGGCGUCAUUUUUUGAAGUUUUCAUUCACCCUCCAUUUCAAAACAAACGCGUACACAAAGUAACUGAAACGAAAGUAAAAUAAAAAAUAAAAUGCAUUUUAUCAGCGAGUUAAUUUAAUCCGGGGGCGAGCAGAGAGCGUGAAAGAUGUAAAUAGUACUCUAAAUUAAUGAGAAAGUAGGGAAAAAACAAUCUAUAAUUCAAGAAACUAACAGUACGAGACAAAAAAUGAUAGUAGGGUUUUAGUAAUCUUUUCUUUCCAUCACAAAUGCUCCAAUAGAAAACGGCAUAUAAUAGUUAUUACGAUUACGAAACUCUUUGAAAAGCUCAAUUAAGAAUCGAAAAAAUGAAGAGAAAAAAUAAACAAGGAAAAAAAAAAUUUUUAUUUUAAAGUAUGUAUUUCUGUCCUCUAUUCUUUUAUAAUUGUAUAUUUGCCAUAAUUUUAAUCAGUUUCAGGAAAAACCUUUCCGAGUAAUUUUACGGAAUCGAAAUCAUCGUUGAAGAGAAUUAAGCAAUAAUAUUCGAAAAUAGUAGAAAAAUCCCUUCCAAAAAAAGACAGUUGAAAUACAAACAAAAAAAGACAAAAACAAAAAAGUAUUGGAUAUCGAUUUACAUGUAUUACUUAGCUAAUAAUUUAACGAAAGCAUUUUUGCGCGAGCGAGAAAAAGAGAGAGUAAAAAAUACAUCAAAUCUUCGACUAGGUUUAGAAAGUCGAACAAUGUUUCAAAAACUUAUCUGGAAAUUUUUGUAUGUUUUGCAAACAAUGGAAAAAAUAUGUUGAGAGAGUCUUUUCUCAAAAUUACUUAGAAGAACAAACAUUGCGAAAAUUAAAUGUAUUAAAAAAAGAGAGAAACCUUUGAACCAGAGCGACGUUAGCUUGCCCGUGCCGUACAUUCCUCACUCGUUUGCGCUCGUGUUCGUUCUCACUCGGCUCCCUCUCUCAUGCUUCGAUUUUAAGAGCAAACAGAGAGAGCGGGUAUCUGUGAGUGCAAACAAACACGAACGACACGCUCAAAGCGAAAGCACAAGUUAUAUCUUAUUUAUUACCCAUCAAUGACACAAUAGUUGUUUAGCUUUAUAUCCAAUCGUCGUCCUCAUCCCCUUUUCUCAAACUCAAACUGUGCGUUAUGAACGCCAAUUGGAGUCGAAAUGUUCGAACAACAGCACAUUGUUUCCUUAUUUAUGAAUGCCAUUACCCUACACACAAUCGAUAGACACUGUGAAAACGAAUCCCCCAACAAUGUUUUAGUUUCACAAAAAACCACUACUGUGAUGAACUCUUCCCGUGUCUAUCAACCACGAAGCAACGCACUCAACACAAGCGGUCACGAGAAUGCACUACGGCACGGCCGCGACCAGAAAUCUUGCUCGGGUUCAACAAAUAAGCAACAAAAAAAAAUAAACAGCUGUAAUCCAAGAUCAUCUGUUUUGUAGACCAAGCUGUCAAUUGCAACAAAAGAAAGAAAAAAUCAACAACAACAAAACGUAAUUUAUAGUGAUGGAGAAGUAGUAGCGCCAGAAGUUAAGUUAAAUAAAGAAAGAAAAAGAAUAAUACGAAAAAAUAAAAGCGGGAGCAGCAACCACUCUGAAUGUCUGUAGUGAAAGGAUGGAAGGGGAAGAAGAAUGCUCUGAUUACACGAAGUACUAGAAUCAGUCGUCGGGAGGUUAAAACGAAAGAAAAUCAAAAGAAAGUGACGAAAGAUCAGAGUAGAGCAUGGUUGAUAAAUGGAGAGCAAAGCCAGAAAAAAGGAGAAAAUCAGGAUAUUUUUAAGUGUCCUUUUAUACUGAAAUAAAAUUUUUACGUAAAAAUUGAAUAAAAA